UCAAAUUCGGUGUAGUGUACAUGAAGCCAGGACAAGAGUGUGACGACGAAAUGCUGAGCAAUCAAGACGCUAGUCGAGACUUUGAGGACUUCCUGCACAUACUGGGCGAACGGGUACGUCUAAAAGGCUGGGAUCGCUUCCGUGGCGGAUUAGAUGUGAAAGGCGAUAUGACUGGCAAAUAUUCGGUGUACACGCUGUACGAGGGCCACGAGAUAAUGUUCCAUGUGUCGACGCUGCUGCCAUACUCCCGGGACAAUCGACAACAG